CCGCCAUGUCCCUGUGGAGCAUCGUGUCGCAGCUGCCGCCCGAGGAGUUCGGCAGCCUCUUUGCCGAGUUCCCCCGCAGCCUCCGCUGCCUCCUGGCCGACUGGCUGGAGAACCAGCCCUGGGAGUUCCUACAUGGCUCGGACGCCUUCUGCACCAGCGUGGCCAGCGGGAUGCUCUCGGCCAUGCUGGAGAAGCUGCGGAGCGCGGCGGGCAGCGAUGGGCAGCAGUGCCACCUCCUGCAGCAAGUCAGCAGCCUUGAGAGCACGUUCCGGCGGGACCCGCUGCGCCUCGUGGCCGUGCUGCGGGCCAUCCUGGAGGGCGAGAAGGCCGCCGUGCUCAAGAGGGACCGGCACCUGCCCCUCAGCUUCCACCGGCGCCAGGAGGAGCUGAAGUUCGGCCUGGGGCUGCAGCGGCUGCAGCAUCGGAUCCGGGAGAUCCAGGCGCUGCAGGAGCGCGGCCCGCAGCAGCGGGAUGGCGCCGGGGCCGCGCUGCCGCUGGCCCUGCGCGACCCGCAGCUGAAGACGGAGGGGAAGCUCCCGGAGGGCGAGCUGCCGGCCCUGCUGCUGGAGGCCGUCAAGGAGCUGGAGGCCGCCAAGCAGCAGGUGCUGAAGAGGAUCCAGAUCUGGAAGCGGCAGCAGCAGCUGGCGGGGAACGGCGCGGCCUUCGAGGAGAACCUGGCGCCGCUGCAGAAGAGGUGCGAGGCCCUGGCCGAGGUGCAUUUGCAGCUGCAGCAGCAGGUGCUGGCGGCCGGCGCUGACCUGGGCGCCGAGCUGCUGCCGCGGCUCCUGGAGCGCCUGGCCGAGGUGCUGGGCAGCCUGGUGAAAAGCUCCUUCCUGGUGGAGAAGCAGCCGCCGCAGGUGCUGAAGACGCAGACCAAGUUCCAGGCGAGCGUGCGCUUCCUGCUGGGCCCGCGGCUGCUGCAGGCGCCCGCCAAGCCCUACGCCGUGCGCGCCGACAUGGUCACGGAGAAGCAGGCGCGCGAGCUGGCGCUCAGCGGCGCCGCCGGCACCCCGGGCGAGAGCACCGGCGAGAUCGUGCACAACGUGGUGGCCCUGGAGACCAACCCGGCGAGCGGGACCUGCUGCGCCAACUUCAAGAACGUGCUGCUGAAGAAGAUCAAGCGCUGCGAGCGCAAGGGCUCCGAGUCGGUGACGGAGGAGAAGUGCGCCGUGCUCUUCAGCACCGCCGUGGUGCUGGCCCCCGGCAACCUCACCGUGCAGCUGCAGGUGCUGUCGCUGCCCAUCGUGGUCAUCGUGCACGGGAACCAGGACAACAACGCCAAGGCCACCGUGCUGUGGGACAACGCCUUCUCCGAGAUCGACCGGGUGCCCUUCGUGGUGGCCGAGCGGGUGCCCUGGGAGAAGAUGUGCGACACGCUGAACCUCAAGUUCAUGGCGGAGGUGCAGACCACCAAGGGGCUCCUCAAGGAGCACUACUUCUUCCUGGCGCAGAAGAUCUUCAACGACCACAGCGCCGGCCCCGAGGACUUCCAGAACCGCAGCGUCUCCUGGGCCCAGUUCAACAAGGAGAUCCUGCCCGGCCGCGGCUUCACCUUCUGGCAGUGGUUCGACGGCGUCCUCGACCUCACCAAGAGGUGCCUCAAAAGCUACUGGUCGGACAGGCUCAUCGUGGGCUUCAUCAGCAAGCAGUACGUGUGCAAGGUGCUGAGCGCCGAGCCGCACGGCACCUUCCUGCUGCGCUUCAGCGACUCCGAGAUCGGCGGCGUCACCAUCGCCCACGUCAUCCGCGGCCAGGACGGCUCCAGCCAGGUGGAGAACAUCCAGCCCUUCUCGGCCAAGGACCUGUCCAUCCGCUCGCUGGGCGACCGCAUCCGCGACCUGGCGCAGCUGCGCAACCUGUACCCGGGCACCCCCAAGGACCAGGCGUUCGGCAGCCACUACAACAAGGAGCAGACGGGCAAGGACGGCCGCGGCUACGUCUCCACCGCCAUCAAGAUGACGGUGGAGAGCGAGAGGUGGGUGCGCGACGCCGGGGCCACCGCCGGCGCC